AUGUCUGUGACAUCAUCAGCAGCAGAUGAUGAAGUCACAGCCAUGGAAACAAGAGACGCAACACCUGCACAUUUCUUAAUCAAGAUUGAACCCUUCUCCUUGCUUGAAAAGUGUGGAAUCGAGAAAUACGAGACUAAAGUAUUUGCUGCUGGAGAAUACAAAUGGAGACUAAUAAUCUAUCCUGAUGGAGACAACACUGUCGGAGAAGAUUGCGACUAUGUUUCCGUACAUUUGGCUAUGGCGGACACAAGUUCAUUGCCGGCAAACUUUGAGGUCAAUGUUGUCUUCAACAUCUUUCUCUUUGAUCAAAUUUCCGACAAUUAUCUUCCUUCACUAGGAAUAACAAGGCGUUUUCAUGCAAUGAAGUCGGAAUGGGGAUUUUCAAAAUUUAUUUCAAAGGAAAUUUUGUUGGAUCCAUCAAACGGAUAUCUAGUCGAUGACAAGUGUGUGUUUGGUGCUGAGGUUUUCGUCAUCAAAAGAGAAGCGGUGACUGAAUGUCUGUAUUUGAAGAAUGUUGAUAUCCCUUACAAGCAUGAUUUCAAGAUUUCAAACUUCUCCAAACUGCUAGGUGCUUGGGAAUCUGAAAAAUUUAUUGCCGGAGACCAAGACUGGAAGAUUAGACUUUACCCGAAAGGAAACGGAAAAGGAGCCGGCCGUUAUGUGUCCAUCUUUCUGCAUUGUAUUGAACCCAAAAAUACUGUCAAGGCAUGCUUUACCAUACGGGUCAAGAACCAGAUUUCUUAUGAACACAAUAAAGGAACUGGUACCAACUGGUUUUCGGCUUCCACCAGUACUUGUGGAUGGCUUACGUUCAUUGAGCUUGAAACUAUUAAUAAUCCUAUAAAAGGAUUCAUUGUGAACGACUCUUGUCUUUUAGACAUUGAAAUCUCCGUCCUAGCUAUUUCACAUUGA